AUGCGUAAUGUUAAUAAAGCUUGCUUAAGCAAGCUUGCCUGGAAAAUCAAGUAUGAAGAUUCCAUCAUGAGUGACUUCUUCAGGGUUAGAUUCGUUAAUGCUGAUGGCUCUCUAAAACUUAGCUACAAGUCUUCCUCAAUCUUUCCCAGGUUGAAGAAGGUUUGGCAGUUUGAAUCUGAUUUUAAAAGGUGGUCAGUUGGAGAUGGAAAAAGUAUUAAUUUCUGGCUUGAUAGGAGGGUGGAAGAAAAAUCUCAUGCUGAUGGAUCCAGUUUGGACUUGAACCUGUUCAAAGGAACUAAUCUAAAGGUGGCGGAUUUCAUCCUUGAUCACAGGUGGUGCUUCCCUCCAGUUACUUCCUCUUAUCUUAAUGAAUCAUUUGGUAAGGCUUCUCAGAUUCAUGUUUCUGGCUCAGUAGAUGUGUGCCAUUGGACCCUAUCUCCAUCAAGGGCUUUCUCUAUUUCCUCAGCAUAG